AUGGAAUCAAUUGCACCUAAAAGCCUGACAUCUUUAAGCAUAAUAACUGAAUUCAUACAAGAUUUAUUAGAAGAACCACUCUUAUCUGCAGAGAUUUCAUCCUGGGGUUGCUUCUCAGAAAGGUUUGAAAAUAAAGUCGUGAAGCUUAGAUCUAAGGAUAAGAAACUUGCGGAUAAGACUGCAAGAAUACAAAUUUAUGCCGAAAUAAAACCAUACCUUACAGACAUUUUAGAUAAAUAUUUACGUGUAAGGACCUCUAAGAUCAAAUCGAAGACAAUCAUUGAUCAGAGUUAUGAAAAUGAAAUCACCUCAACCAUAGCCAAUACAUCAGCUAAUGACCCCUUAGAUGAUAAUUUUAGUGACAUAUCUGAUGUUACAGAUUAUUCUAAGGAAGAUGAAGAAGGAAUAAAUGAUUCGAUUGAGGAGGAUUCUAAAAAACCUCCAGGAAGUGGAGGAAUCUAA